AUGGACGGAAUGGUGGAGGAGAACGGAACAGGCAGUGGAACGAAUGUCUCGGAUCCUUUGUCGAGCCCUGGUUCGUCUGCGAAUACCGCUCCCCCCCAUGUUGUGGUCACGAGUAUUGUUCAACUUACACUACCCGCUCAAGCCCCUUCUGCACAGGUACAAUCUGUUAUCCAACCUAAUCAACAAUCUGUGAUUCAAACUGCAUCUAAUAUACAGUCAGUACAGUUACCUAAAGGAAAUGUGAUACUUGUUAGUAAACCAAAUUCUGUUAUCCACACAACACAAGGCACACUACAAACAUUACAGAUUAAGCCAGAACCUAAUUCUGUUGUCAGUACACAAGGACAGUCAAGCGAUGACAGUGGUAGUGAUGAUGAGAGUCCCAAAAGAAAAUACAGGGAAAUGCUGACAAGACGUCCUUCUUAUAGGAAAAUUUUGAAUGACUUAGGUGGUGCAGAGAUUGCAGAGAAUCGCAUGGGAACUAAACCAGGACUCGAGAAUGAAGUGUCGCUGUCAUCUUCCUUAUCAUUUGCACCAGUUAUUCCAGCUGGCACAAUACAGACAGACAGUGGUCUUCACACAUUGGCUGUUUCGGGAACAGGUGGUGGAGCAAUUGUACAAUAUGCCACAAACCAGGAUGGCCAGUUCUAUGUACCCGGUCCAAUAUUAGAAGAUCAAACUCGUAAAAGGGAGCUUCGACUUCUAAAGAACCGUGAAGCUGCGAGAGAGUGCCGACGUAAGAAAAAGGAAUAUAUAAAAUGUUUGGAGAAUAGAGUAGCCGUAUUGGAAAAUCAAAACAAAGCACUCAUUGAAGAGUUGAAAUCAUUGAAAGAACUAUAUUGUCAACAAAAAACAGAAUGA